AUGGCGUCGCGCUCACCGUCUCGAGAAUACCGCCGGUCGCUGUCACGCACUCCCCCGCGAUCUAACGACUCGCGCUCGCCACCGCCUGCGCAUCGCCGUCGACGCUACGAUUCGCGAUCCCCGUCGCGUUCGCCUCGAUCCAGAUCGCGAUCGUUUACGCCGCCGCCUCGUCGCAAUGGACGCCACGGGAGCGCGGGCAGAAACAGGAGUCGUGAUCGCGUUAGGGGUUCUCGAUCGCCUAGCGAGAGCCCUCUGGCUAAGAGCACAAAGAUUGUGGUAGAGAGGCUGUCGAAAAACAUCAACGAAGAGCAUCUUUAUGAAAUAUUUGGUCAAUUUGGACACAUCAAGGAUCUUGAUCUGCCAAUCAACCGAAGUUUCGGUACAAACCGAGGCACCGCGUAUAUUCUGUACGAUCACGAAGCCGACGCCGAAGCGGCCAUUGCACACAUGCAUGAGGCGCAGGUCGACGGCGCCGUUAUCAACGUCUCCAUCGUCCUACAGCGCAGAAAGCUAUCGCCCGCGCCCCCUACAGCUCGACGCGGCGCCAACAUUGACCCUCGAGUCCCCUUUCAGAGCUCUCGCGGGGGAGGCCCACCUUCUGGCCCGAUGGGUGGUGGUGGGGGAGGCGGAGGCGGUGGGCGCCGUCGUCUCUCACCAGCGAGCCGAUACGGCCCUCGAUCUGAUGUCUACCGACCCAACUCGUUAUCGCCGGCUCGAUCACCUGGCGGAGCCCCUCCAUCUCGUGGAGGCGGAGGUGGCAGUCGAUUUCGCAGUCGGUCCAACGACUCGUACUCUUCUCGAUCUCGGUCCAGAUCACCGGGGCCUAGACGACGGGGCGGAGGAGGGGGCAAUGGAGCAGGCCGACGUGAUGAUCAUGAUACCCGACGCCGCAGUCGCAGCCGCAGUUUUGACGACGACCGGGGCGCAGGUCGAAACUAUAGGUAA